GUCCACCCCAGCUUCCGCCUCUCUAUCUCUCUCUCUCUUCCCCCGUGAAUAGAAUCAAGCACAGCGAUUCAUUUUGCUCUGCGAUUUCAAAAUCUGGUCGAGAAAUCUCGAUAGUUUCCGGGCGAGGGAUCAGAAUGGGUUCGCCCUAUGCCGGGUUCUUGGAAUCAUGUUCUCUUUGCCGCAAACCCCUUGGUCUUAACUCCGACAUCUACAUGUACAGAGGCGACACAGCGUUUUGCAGCGAAGAGUGCAGAGAAGAACAGAUGGACUUGGAUGAAGCCAGAGAGAGGAACUGGAAAGGGUCGUCCAGAUCUGUCCGUACAUCGGCCGGAGCCGAAGAUUCAUCCGCCGGAAAAAUAUUUCAGACGGGAACUCUCGUGGUCGCAUAAGUUCUGUUGUUUUACAUAUGCGAGGAAGAAUAUUAUUAUAUAAGUAUUUUGUUUUUUUUUUUUGGAUUCAAAUUUGUAACUUUGGCUUUUAUCUAAUAUUAUCCGUAAGGCAAGGCAAAUACGGUAGGGAGUUUAUUUUGGUUA